ACAGUGAGAGGGACGCAUCACUAACUCUGAGUCAGGCGGUUUAAGCGUGCGGCAAUUUUUCACAGAGCAGCAGCGGCAGUGUAUAUUUCAUUUGUUUAAAUUUUUAUUAAAAGUCACACAACACAGACGCAAAAUGUCGACAAUGGCAAGUCCCUUAUCCAUCGCUGGCACGCGACAGUCCGGCGCAUCGGUUCGCACACAGAACGUCAUGGCAGCGCUCUCCAUAUCGAACAUUGUCAAGAGCUCACUGGGCCCCGUCGGUUUGGAUAAAAUGCUGGUGGAUGAUAUUGGGGAUGUUACUGUUACCAAUGACGGCGCCACGAUUCUGCGUCUGCUGGAAGUUGAGCAUCCAGCUGCCAAGGUACUUGUGGAGCUGGCUCAGCUACAGGACGAAGAGGUUGGCGAUGGCACCACAUCCGUUGUCAUUUUGGCCGCCGAGCUGCUGAAAAACGCCGAUGAGUUGGUCAAGCAGAAAAUUCAUCCCACCUCGAUCAUUUCGGGAUAUCGUAUUGCCUGCAAGGAGGCAUGCAAAUACAUUUCGGAGCACCUAACCGCCCCAGUGGACGAGCUGAGCCGUGAUUCACUGAUCAACAUUGCCAAGACAUCGAUGAGCUCGAAAAUCAUUGGCGCCGAUGCUGACUUCUUCUCCACAAUGGUCGUGGAUGCCACUCAAGCUGUCAAGAUCACGGAUCCCAAGGGACAAACAGCGUACUCGAUCAAGGCCAUAAAUGUACUGAAAGCGCACGGCAAAUCCGCUCGCGAAUCGGUUCUGAUUCCUGGUUAUGCCCUCAACUGCACCAUUGCCUCGCAGCAGAUGCCCAAGAAGAUAGUCAACGCCAAGAUUGCCUGCCUUGACUUUUCGCUGCAGAAGACCAAGAUGAAGAUGGGUGUGCAAGUCUUGAUCAAUGAUCCCGACAAGCUCGAGGCAAUUCGCGCUCGUGAACUGGACAUCACCAAGGAGCGCAUCAACAUGAUUCUGGGCACUGGUGUCAAUGUUGUACUCGUCAGUGGCGGCGUUGAUGAUCUGUGCAUGAAGUACUUCAUAGAAAUGGGAGCGAUGGCUGUGCGUCGCGUGAAGAAGAGCGAUUUGAAGAUUAUUGCCAAGGCAACUGGUGCCGCAUUCCUUACGUCGCUGACGAACAUGGACGGUGAGGAGAGCUUCGAUGCCUCCAUGGUUGGCGAAGCCGCCGAGGUGGCACAGGAGCGCAUCUGUGACGACGAGCUUAUCCUGAUCAAGGGUACCAAGGCACGUGCUGCUGCUUCGAUUAUUCUGCGUGGUCCCAACGACUUCUACUGUGAUGAGAUGGAGCGUUCUGUGCACGAUGCUCUCUGCGUGGUGAAGCGUGUGCUCGAAAGCAAAAAAGUCGUUGCUGGUGGCGGCUGUGUGGAGGCAGCACUCUCCAUCUAUCUGGAGAACUUUGCCACAUCGCUGUCGUCGCGCGAACAGCUUGCAAUUGCCGAGUUCGCCAAAUCGAUGUUGGUCAUUCCGAAAACUUUAUCUGUAAAUGCGGCAAAGGAUGCCACCGAUUUGGUGGCGAAGCUGCGCUCCUACCACAACUCCAGCCAGACAAACACCAAGCAUGCCGAACUCAAGUGGACCGGCUUGGAUCUAAUUGAGGGCGUUGUACGCGACAACAAGAAGUCGGGUGUGCUGGAGCCGGCCAUGUCCAAGAUCAAAUCGCUGAAGUUCGCCACGGAGGCGGCAAUCACCAUUUUGCGUAUUGACGACAUGAUCAAACUGAAUCCAGAAGACAAGAGCGGCAAGAGCUAUGCCGAUGCCUGUGCCGCUGGCGAGUUGGAUGGUUAAAAAUCUGCUGCUAAUAUGGCAUUUCUUAUACUUGGUUAGGCACUUAAUCUAAUGUAAAACUCACUGCAAACUGCAAAACUUUCGCCCCCAUUUAAUUGUAACAACAAUUUAAUUGUUUCUUUGCUAACUGCAAUUUUGUAUUAAUCCCGCAUCAUUUCUUGCUCCUCAUCAUUUCACGUAAUAUGCAUAUUAAUAAAUGAAACAACCGAAUAUAUGCUGCGGCGUAUGAAAAACUAAA